AUGACUUGUGUAUGCAAUUUAAAUAAGUAUUGCUCCAUCAACACCGCUGGCAUCAGUAACGUGGCAUGUUUAUUUCAGAGGGAUGAGCUGGUGUUAAGAUGUUGUUUAUCAGGCCCACAUCAACAAAAACUGUGUUUAGCAGCCGAGGGUUUCGGAAACUGGCUGUGUUUUCUGGAGUCCACCUCAAACUCAAAGAAUGUUCCCGCCGACCUUUCUGUAUGUGUGUUUGUUCUCGACCAGUGUCUAUCUGUCCGAGCUCUACAGGAGAUGUUGGCCAACAAUGAAGACCUGCAAGCAGGGUCACCUGAGGCAGGUGGGCGUCGCACUUUGCUCUACGGCCAGGCAGUGCUGUUUCGACAUGCGUACAGCAAUAUGUAUCUGUGCUGUCUGUCCACAUCAGGGCUGUCCCCUGACAAACUCGCUUUUGAUGUUGGUCUGCAGCAGGAUGACACAACUGGUGAAGUGUGCUGGUGGACAGUUCACCCCGCCUCCAAGCAGAGGUCAGAGGGUGAGAAGGUCAGAGUGGGUGAUGAUCUCAUCUUAGUUAGCGUUUCCUCUGAAAGAUACCUACAUGUGUCAUGGAGUAACAGUGAUGAUAAUGACAGUAACAUCGGUCGAGUAGAUGCUGCCUUCCAGCAAACCUUGUGGAGCGUAGCCCCAGUGUCUUCUGGGUCUGCAGAAAUGCAGGGGCAUCUCCGAGGAGGUGACACUGUUCGCCUGCUACAUGGACACACAGAUGAAUGUCUGACUAUUCCUGCAGCUGAACACAGACAGGAGGAGCGCAGAUCUGUCCAUUUUGAGGGAGGCUUGGUCUCACUUCAGGCUCGUUCUUUAUGGAGGCUUGAGACUUUACAUGUUGCUUGGAGUGGAAGCCAUGUCCACUGGAGUCAGCCAUUUCGUCUUCGGCACCUCACCACUGGAUCGUACCUGGGAUUGACUCACAAUAGUGGACUGCAGCUGGUGGAAAGAGAGAGAGCUGAUGUUAAAAGUACAGCGUUCUGUCUACGGUCAUCAAAGGAGCAGAGCCAGGAGAGGUCAGAUUUUAUUGAGAGGAGAGAUGGUAUGGGUACGCCUGAGAUCAGAUACGGAGACUCUCUCUGUUUUGUCCAGCAUGUGGAUACUGGGCUUUGGCUUACGUAUCAGACCAGUGACUCCAGUAGACAGAAGGAAAGAAAUACUUUGGUCCUGCAGGCUGUUUUGCAAGCAGAAGGUCAUAUGGAUGAUGGAGUCACCCUCUCUCGUUCUGUGAGGGAGGAGUCACAUGCUGCUUGUUUAAUUAGAAGCUCCGCCCUUCUUUUCUCACAGCUGAUUAGGGGACUAGAUGAUGUUACCCAGAAGGAGAACCUUCCUAAUUUGGAUCUCCCAAUUGAAAUGCUUCAUCUGACCCUUCAGGAUUUGAUUGGUUAUUUUCAGUCACCUGAAAAGGAGCGAGGCCAUGAGGUCAGACAGCGAGAAGUUAGACCACUGAAGAACAGACAAAAUCUGUUUCAGGAUGAGGGUAUAACCACACUGGUGCUGGACUGCAUUGAUCACUUGCAUGUCUACAACAGUGGUGCCAAUUUUGCAGAGGCUACUGGGAAAGAUGUGGGAGAAUUAUGGGAAAUCCUCUUGAACUCUUUUUAUGAUUUGCUAGCUGCCCUGAUUAGGGGUAAUCGUAAAAACUGUGCCCAGUUUUCUGGCUCUUUGAACUGGCUGGUCAGCAGACUGGAGAGAUUGGAGGCUUCUGCUGGAAUUUUGGAAGUGUUACAUUGUGUCUUAGUAGAAAGUCCUGAAGCUUUGAAUGUUAUUAAAGAAGAGCACAUAAAAUCGAUCAUCUCACUUCUGGAUAAACAUGGAAGGAACCAUAAGAUCCUGGAUGUGUUGUGUUCACUCUGUGUGUGUCAUGGCAUGGCGGUUCGCUCUAACCAACAUUUAAUUUGCGACACACUGCUGUCAGACCGAGACCUGCUUCUACAGACAAAACUAGUUAACCAAGUUAUCAGUGUACGUCCAAACAUCUUCCUGUGUGCAAGAGAUGACUGUGCCCAGUACAGGAAGUGGUAUUAUGAGGUGGUAGCCGAGAAAGUUGAGCCAUUUAUGACAGCAGAACCUACUCACCUGCGAGUGGGAUGGGCCAGUACUGAGGGUUACUGUCCCUCCCCCACAGGCGGUCACGGUUGGGGCUCAAACGGUGUAGGAGACGAUCUAUGUUCCUUUGGCUUUGAUGGCCUUCACCUGUGGACAGGAGCUGUAGGUCGAAGAGUCAGCUCACCCAAUCAGCACUUGCUAAGAGAGGAUGAUGUUGUUAGUUGCUGUCUUGACCUCAGUGCUCCCUGCAUCUCCUUUCGGGUCAAUGGUCAGCCAGUUCAAGGCAUGCUGGAGAACUUCAGUGUAGAUGGGCUUCUGUUUCCUGUAGUCAGCUUCUCAGCUGGAGUACAGGUGCGUAUGCUGUUUGGAGGACGUCAGGGCGAGUUUCACUUUUUACCUCCUGCUGGUUUCUCUCCAUGUGCAGAAGCUCUCCUCCCCAAAACACGCUGUAGGUUGGAAUUGUGCCAUGAAAUCACAAGAAAUUGCACUGAAAGCCAACGUGACCUUUUAGGGCCAGUCUUACCUAUUACAGCGGUGACCUUUACCCCCACUCCCGUGGAUACCAGUCAGGUUGAACAUCCUCCACAGCUGGAACAGAUCAGAGAGAGGUUAGCAGAAAACCUUCAUGAACUCUGGCUCAUUGACAAAAUGGAGCAGGGAUGGACGUAUGGACCCGUCAAAGAUGAGGGUAAAAAAGUACAUCCGUGCCUGGUGGAGUUUUCCAAACUUUCCGAUCAGGAGAAAAUUCAUAAUCUUCAGUCAUCAGAGGAAAUUAUCGGCACAAUUUUGGCGCUUGGUGUCCACAUUGGACUGUGUGACGAUUAUGCUGAGGAGAAUGUCAAAUAUGUUCGACUUUCAAAUAAGUAUGAACUAUGGAACGGUUAUAAACCAGCGCCUGUGGAUCAGUCUCAUGUUGUGCUAACAGCUGCUCAAGAAGAGUUAGCCGACAAGCUGGCAGAGAACCAACACAACAUCUGGGCCAAAGAGAUGAUCAGACAAGGCUGGAGCUAUGGACCACAGCAGGAUGUGAAGUCUAAGAGAAGUAUCCAGUUGGUACCAUUUUCUCUGUUGGAUAAAAAGAGCAAACAGGGUGGCAGAGAUGCCAUGAGGGAUGCACUUGGUACCCUACUUGGGUUUGGAUACACCAUAGAACCUCUGGAGCAAGAACAAGGUGGGAGCAACAUUAAAUCUGUAAAUAUGGAGAGAUUUCGGAUUUUCCGUGUGGAAAAGCCCUUUGCGGUGAAUUGUGGGAAAUGGUACUUUGAGUUUGAGGCCGUAACUGAUGGAGAUAUGAGAGUGGGCUGGGCACGACCCGGAUGUAAACCAGAUGUGGUUCUUGGGUCAGAUGAUCAGGCCUUUGUGUUUGAUGGCUCUAAGGGGCAGUGGUGGCAUGGUGGUGCAGAGCGACUAGGUGGCAUCUGGCAGAGGGGCGAUGUUAUUGGCUGUUUGCUGGACUUAACUAGAUGCACUAUGAUGGUCACUCUCAAUGGAGAGUUACUGCUAAACACUCGUGGUUCUGAAUUGACUGCCAAAGACUUCAAUAAGUCUGAUGGUUUCCUGCCUGUUUGCAGUAUAGGGGUGAACCAGGUGGGUCGUCUAAAUUUGGGCCGUCAGGUUGACUCGCUGAGAUACUACAACGUGUGUGGCUUACAAGAGGGAUACCAGCCAUUUGGUCUGAAGAUGAGCAAAGAUCUCCCUCUCUGGAUGAGCUGGAGAGAGCCUUUGUUCGUUCCUGUACCUGAUGACCACCCUAACAUACAGGUGAUUCGUUUUGAUGGAUCAGUAGAUGACACCCCAGGCCUAAAAGUCACACAGAGGUUUUUUGGCCGGCAGGACGGUAGCACAAGCGAUGUUGGGUUUUACCGUCUUAGCAUGCCGAUAGAGUGUGCACAGGUCUUCUCCUGCCCCAGUGAGGUCACGGCUCCCCCCAGCAGUGGUGUGCUGUCCCACCCAAGGGAAUCGGAGGAUGGAGAGGCAGAUUCUGAUUUUGAAUUACUGAUGAACGCUCACAGAUAUGCAGGAUCUCGAGAUGAACUUAAUAAUCAUAAAGACCACGUUCAGGAGAAGCCAUCCAAACUUAGACACCGGUUUCUACUGAAGAAGAAACCAGAGUUGAACACCAGCCAUUCAUCAGCGCGUCUGCUGGAGGAAGUCAUGGCUAUUGAAAGAGAUGAAGAAAACCGCCUGGUCCACUGCACUAGGUAUUACUACUCAGUGAGAAUCUCUCACAGUCAGGAGCCCUCUUAUAUCUGGGUGGGAUGGGUGACUUCAAAUUUCCAGCAUCAUGAUGUGACUUUUGACCUAGACAGCAUUUGCACUGUCACUGUUACCCUUGGAGAUGAAUGGGGCAAAGUACAUGAGAGUAUGAAGCGCAGUAGCGUUUACAUGGUGUGUGCAGCAGAGGGCAGCAAUCUCUCCCACAGCCGUAGCAGCACUGGUCUGGAGAUUGGCUGCCUGGUUGACACGGCAACAGGGCUCCUUACUUUCACUGCCAAUGGCAAGGAACUAGGAACAUACUACCAGGUGGACACUGGCAUUAAGCUCUUCCCUGCAGUUUUUGUCAAAGCCACUACUCCUAAUAUCUUUCAGUUUCAGCUGGGUCGUAUUAAGAAUGUAAUGCCACUGUCAGCUGGGGUUUUUCGGAGUGAAUGGAGAAGUGCAAAACCUCAGUGCCCUCCCAGACUGUGUGUUCAGUACCUAACGCCCAUGAGGUGGACCCGGGUACCAGACUACGCUCAUCCUGUAGAGUUGACCCAUCUGGAAGAGAGAUAUGGCUGGAGAGCUUGUUUCACUCACAUCCAACAAGUCAUGACUCUACAGAUCCCUGAGUACAACAGGUGUGUGGACAUUCUGGAACUAUCUGAACUUAAUGACCUUUUGAAGUACCAUGAUCACACUCUGCGCCUCUACUGUGCCCUCUCAGCCCAUGGAAACACGCAUGUAAGCCACGCCCUGUGUAGCCACGUGGACCAGUCACAGCUCUUGUUUGCUUUGCAGUGUUCUAGAAUGCCAGGUCACCUGCGGACAGGUUACUACAAUCUCCUCAUCAGUAUUCACCUUAGUGCCCACGCAAGCGCAAGGCAGGCCAUGAAUUACGAAUACAUCGUUCCCUUGACUGAUACCACGCGGUCUAUUACGCUCUACAAAAACAACAGGAAAGUGCAAAGAUUUCCAGGGAAAGACCUCAGUACUUCCUUGUGGCCGAGAAUGUGCUUUACAUCACCUUGUUUUAUCUGGGCUGACAAAACAGGUUUGAUUGACGGCCAUGAGAGCGUGGCUUCUUGGAGUGAAUUGUGCCAAGACAGCCCUGAGUUCCCAUUGGAAGUAUUGAAAGCGGUUGUCAUAGCGAUGCUGAAAGAAGCAGUGAUAGCAGUAGGUCAGCGUGUGAGGGAUCCCACAGGGGGCAGUGUUGAGCUCCUGCUGGUUCCUCUACUUGGUUUGCUGCAUACACUUCUUCUGAUGGGUGUGUAUGGGGGGAAAGAUCUGGAAAAGGUUUUCAGUCUUAUCCUGCCAGUCAGUUACAUGAGAGGGAUGUGCAGAGCAGAAGAGAUUGAUGGACUAGAAGAAUGUAACGGAGAAAAGGAUGUUGGAGAGUGGGAUGAUGAUAUUCCUCAAAGUCUUCUUGAGAUGAAGCUUCCAGAAGCAGUCAAAUUACACGUGUGCCACCUUCUGCAGUACCUGUGUGACUGCCAAGUACGUCACAGAGUUGAGGCUGUGGUGGGCUUCUCAGGUGACUUCGUAGAAAAUCUCCAAGAAAACCAACGCUUCCGGUACAAUGAGGUCAUGGAUGCGCUCAACAUGUCUGCUGCGCUUACCGCACGCAAGACUAAAGAGUUUCGUUCCCCCCCUCAGGAACAGAUCAACAUGAUGUUGAACUUCCAGGAGGACAAUCAAGAAUGUCCAUGCCCUGAGGAGAUCCAAGAUCUGCUAUGGGAAUUUCAUCAGGACCUAAUAACUCACUGUGGAAUUGAGACAGAUAAUGAUUCCUGGAAUGUGGAUGAGAGUGACCCAUUAAUCAGGAAUCGCCUCCAAGGUCUAGUGGAUAAAAUAAAUCAGUUCAAGAGGAGAAUGUCAGGAAUUACUGAGGAAAUUGUGACCAAACCUGUCACUUUGAAGCAGCUGAUAUCCGAAACCAUGCUAGACUGGGCCCAGGAAGAGAUGAUUGAAGAUCCGGUUCUGGUGCGUGCCGUGUUCAGCCUGCUUCAUCAACAGUAUACUGGGCUGGGUGGCCAACUGUCUCAACCACUACAGAAGGCUUAUUGUAUUAGCCCAAACUCUGUGGAGGACACGCUCAACCUUCAGUGGGCGCUGGCACGCAUCCGUUCAUUGCUUAAGGCGCGGAUGGGUAAAGAAGAGGAGGAACUAAUGAUCAAAGGUUUAGGUGACAUCAUGAAUAAUAAAGUGUUCUAUCAGCACCCUAAUCUGAUGAGAGCUUUAGGGAUGCAUGAAACCGUCAUGGAGGUGAUGGUCAAUGUACUCGGUCCUCGAGAAUCUAAGGAAAUCAUGUUUCCCAAUAUGGUUGCACACUGUUGUCGCUUUUUGUGUUACUUCUGUCGAAUUAGUCGUCAUAACCAGAAGGCCAUGUUUGAUCAUCUCAGCUACCUUCUGGACAACAGCAAUGUUGGACUUGCUUGUCCUUCGAUGAGAGGAUCGACUCCACUAGACGUGGUGGCUGCUUCUGUAAUGGACAACAAUCAGCUGGCACUUGCUCUUACAGAACCAGAUCUGGAGAAAGUGGUGCGGUAUUUAGGAGCCUGUGGUUUGCAUAGUUGUGCUUUGUUGGUCUCUAAAGGGUACCCAGAUAUUGGUUGGAAUCCAGUAGAAGGCGAACGUUACCUGGACUUUCUGCGAUUUGCAGUGUUUUGUAAUGGUGAGAGUGUUGAGGAAAAUGCCUAUGUAGUAGUUAGACUUCUGAUUCGCCGGCCUGAGUGCUUUGGUCCUGCCCUGAGGGGAGAGGGAGGAAAUGGUCUCCUAGCAAUGAUGGAGGAAGCCAUAAGAAUUUCCGAGCAGCAAGAUGGAAUCGGUACACACAGUUCCAACAGAACUCUUGACACACUUGAUGAUGAAGAUGAUGAUGCCAUCCAUAUGGGACAUGCCAUAAUGACUUUCUACUCCGCGCUGAUCGAUCUGUUGGCCCGUUGCGCCCCUGAGACACAUCUCAUAGAAGCGGGGAAAGGUGAGGCUAUCCGGAUCAGGGCAAUCUUAAGGUCUCUCAUUCCCAGAGACGAUCUUGAAGGGGUCAUCAAUAUUGCUUUCAAGUUGCCAAAUGUGAACACAGAUGGGCUAGUGAUUGAGCCAGACAUGUCUCAGAUUUUCUGUCCGGAUCACAAAGCAGCCAUGGUUAUGUUUUUGGACCGUGUGUAUGGAGUCCAGGACCAGCAGUUUUUGCUUCGUCUGUUGAAGUCUGGUUUUCUUCCUGACCUGCAAGCGGCUGUUAACAUGGAUUCUACUGGAUUGGGUGGUACAGACAUGGCACUGGCCCUUAAUCGAUACAUAUGUGCAGCCGUACUGCCACUGUUGAGUAAAUACUCGUCUCUGCUGUGUGACUCCUCAUCGAUGCAGACCGGGCCGAUCGAUGGUUUCCUGCAUGGGGUGUACAGCCUCUCCAAAGCCAGUGUAUUGACCAAGGCCCAGAGAGACUCAAUCCAGGACUGUCUGCUGGCUGUAUGCGGAAAGUUGAGGCCCUCCAUGUUACAGUCCCUGCUCCUUAAUCUUGUGUUUGAUGUCCCUCAGCUUUCAGAUAAUGCCAAGAUGCCAUUGAAGCUGUUGAGCAGUCACUAUGAGCAGAGCAGGAGCUACUACUGUCGAAAUGAAGGUUAUGGUGGAUCUGACUCUGCUUCAGGAGAGGAGCUUUGUUUGACCAGAAAGCUGUUUUGGGGUAUAUUUAUUGCACUUGCUGGAAAGUCUUACGAUGGAGAUCUGUUCAAGCUGGCUCUCGGUUGUCUCAGUGCAGUUGCUGGUGCGAUCCCUUCUGACCAUCUUGACCCGAGCUGCAUGGGUGGACGGGAGAGACACUCAACGAUGGAUUUAGAAAGACGAUUUUGUCCUCGGCCCCUGGACACCUCCAAUGUGACUAUCCCAGAGGGACUGAAGUUUGUGGUGAAUAAAUAUGCCGAACACACACAUGAGAGAUGGUCACUGGAAAAGUUUGCUAAUGGUUGGGUCCAUGGAGAGCAACUUUCAGAGGUUUCUAAAGUUCACCCACUCCUGAAACCUUACAGAGCUCUAUCUGAGAAGGAUAAAGAAGGUUAUCGAGUCGCUAUUAAGGAGACGGUCAAAUGCAUGUUGGUGUUAGGCUGGUCCAUUGAAAGAACUAAAGAGGGAGAGACGCAGGGCUGUCACAAACCUGCCAGGAGAAUCUCACAGUCUGGUCAGUUGUCUUUUGAAGGAGCCUCUACAUUUAGUCCUAAGCCAGUGGACACCAGCAGUGUCACUUUGACCUGGGAUCAGUAUGCCAUGGCAGAGCAGCUGGCUGAGAAUUAUCACCACAUCUGGGCUGUGAAGAAACUGCAGGAGCUGGAGAAUAAAGGAGGGGGCAGUCACCCCCUGCUCAUACCUUAUGAUUCUCUGAGCGUGAAAGAUAAGAGACGAGUCAGAGACAAAGCUCAAGAUGUUUUCAAGUUCUUCCACAUCAAUGGGUUCUUAGUGAAGAGGGGCAGAAAGGUGGCAGAUGUUGACUCUCCAGUGAUUGCAAGCCGAUUUGCUUAUGGCCUGCUCCACCAAGCCUUGUGUCUCACAGAGCAAGCCCAGGAGCGCUUACUGGAAAUGGAAGUUGUACAGGCCCGAGGGCAGAUUAAUAAGACUGAGAACAUAUCCCAUGAACAACAAACUUUCUUCAUUAAGAUUGUAUUGCCACUGGUUGAUCAAUACUUUAAAAACCACUAUGUCUACUUCCUCUCCACUAUGAUGUCUUCUCUUAAAGAAGGCUGCCAGGCCUCCAACAAAGAAAAAGAGAUGGUCACCAGUUUAUUCUGUAAACUUGGAUCCCUAACCAGACGCAGAAUCUUUAUGUUUGGAAAUGAUGCCCCUGCCGUGGUAAGCUGCCUUCAAAUCCUGGCACAAUCCCUGGACAGCAGGAUGAUAAUAAAAAAUGCAUCCGAAUCCAUCAGGGUAUCACUCUGGUCAUUUUUUGAAGCCGCUGCAGAGGAUCUAGAACAAACGGUGGAAAUUGUGACCCAGGAUGCAAACGGAAACGGAAACCAGAGCAGGGUGGACGGCGAAGUCAUGACAUACACCACAAGCACCCUAAUACCAGUGCUGACCGCUCUCUUCCAACAUGACUCUCUGAGGCAGCAUGGAGAUGGACUGAUCGUUGAUGAAAUCCAGGCCUAUUGUUACAGGAUCAUCAUCAGCCUCUAUAUUCUUGGCACCUGUAGUGGUACCUUCAUGGAGAGACAGAGGUCGGUCCUAGGGGAGUGUCUGGCGGCAUUAUCUGCAGCAUUUCCCGUGUGUUUCUUGGAACUAAAUGACUUUCAUUACCUGUCUGACACUAUGAGUAAUGAAGAGACCGAAGGUAAAAAAAUGGCCUGUAGGCUCCUCCCCUCUUUGCAAGAGGCUUUCUCAGAGGUUGAAGAGCUUGCAGGGGCGGGGCCGGCCGCCCGCCACGCCCUUUUAACGAGGGUCACCGAUGUGACGCUUCCUCUGUUGUGUAGCUAUAUCUCUCGAUGGGGGGAUGCUGAAAACCAGGCAUUCAAAGAUGGCUACUGUUCUUCUGUCACCCCCCAACACUCUGAUGCCCUACUGGGUCACAUCCUUUCCAUCAUCAAUGCCCACCUGGGGACGUCAGAUGGAGCUUGGAUGAAACGGCUAGCAGUGUGUGCCCAGCCAAUCAUCACUGGGGCACAGGAACACCUCUUAAAGAGUCACUUCCUACCUCUAAUGGAAAAGCUGAGGAAGAGGGCGGAGUCAGUGCUUCGGGAGGAGGAGCAUUUAAAGGCAGAGGGGCGUGGCGAUUUCUCAGAGCAGGAGUUGGACAUUCAGGAAAGGUUUACGGUGUUGGUGCAAGAUAUCUACGCAUUUUACCCAAUACUGAUUCCAUUUAUAGACCUACACAGAAUGAAUUGGCUGAAGGAGGUGAACGCAGAUGCUGAGAAACUUUUCUGCCUUGUAGCUGAAGUCUUCGUCUUCUGGGCUAAAUCUCACAAUUUCAAAUGGGAAGAACAGAACUUCGUUGUUCGAAAUGAAAUUAACAACAUGACAUUCUUGAUGAACAGCAGCAAAACUCGGCCGGAUAAGGGAGGGGUGUGUGACCGGGAAAGGAGGAAGGUCAAGAGGAAGGGCGAUCGUUACUCCGCGCACACCUCUCUUAUCGUGGCUGCGCCAAAAAAACUUCUCUCGGCUGCCCUGAAUGGAUGUUGCCAUGACGAUCAGUGCCUAGUUGCCCUGGCCAAAAGCCGUUUUUCACAGAGGGACACGGAGGAUGAGGUCAGGGAAUAUAUUCGAAGCAGCCUGCAACAGGAUCAGUGUGAAACCAUGGUAGAUCACGUCAGUAUCGAGAGGAUUUUAAACAUCGCUAGUGUCUAUUACCACCUGGAUCAGGUGGAGCACCCACAGAAGAUGAAGAGGGCCGUGUGGCAUAAGAUGCUGUCCAAGCAGAGGAAACGGGCUGUAGUUGCAUGCUUGAGAAUGGCUCCUUUGUACAAUCUGCCCAGGCACAGAGCGGUAAACCUCUUCCUUCAGGGAUAUGAGCGAAUCUGGUUGCAGGACGCAUGUGGCACACCUGAGGAUAGACUGAUAGAAGAUUUAGCUAAAGCAGCUCGUGUAGAGAUUGUAAAGGAGGGGUUGAAGCAAAACAAAAUGAUUGAUCCACUCUCACAGCUUAUCAGUCUCUUCAGACGAAGUGCCUUGACUGAGAGAAGUAAACUAGAAGAGGACGAUCUAUACAUGUGCUAUGCUGAGAUCAUGGCCGGGAGUUGCCAAAGCGAGGACGACCAGGAUGAAGACGGGCUGAAAUCAUUUGAGGAAAAAGAGAUUGAGAAGCAGAGACUGCUGUAUCAGCAGGCCCGACUGCAUGAACGUGGAGCUGCCGAGAUGGUCUUACAGAACCUGAGCGCCAGCAGAGGUGAAAUGGGACCUAUAGUGGCGGCCACAUUGAAGCUUGGCAUUGCAAUGCUAAAUGGAGGAAACACUUCAGUCCAGCAGAAGAUGCUGGAUUACCUGAGGCAGAAGAGAGAUGUGGCUUUCUUUCACAGUCUGGUCGGCCUAAUGCAGUCUUGCAGCGUGCUGGAUUUGAAUGCAUUUGAGAGGCAGAUCAAAGCCGAGAGUUUAGGAGUGGGUGCUGAGGAGAAUUCUGGUGAUAGAGUAAUGGCAGAUGAACAGCUUACCUGUGACCUUUUCCGAUUUCUUCAGCUUCUUUGUGAAGGCCAUAACACAGACUUUCAAAAUUACCUGAGGACUCAAACUGGAAACAACACUACAGUCAACAUCAUCAUCUCUACUGUGGAUUAUCUGCUCAGGAUCCAGGAGUCCAUCAGUGAUUUCUACUGGUAUUAUUCAGGGAAGGAUGUGAUUGAUGAGCGUGGUCAGCAGAACUUCUCCAAAGCCAUCAGCGUGGCCAAACAGGUGUUCAACACGCUUACCGAAUACAUUCAGGGACCAUGUACUGGUAACCAGCAGAGUUUGGCCCACAGUCGCCUGUGGGACGCUGUAGUGGGCUUCCUCCAUGUGUUUGCUCACCUGCAGAUGAAGCUUUCACAGGAUUCUAGUCAGAUAGAGCUGCUGAAGGCUUUGAUGGACUUACAAAAAGACAUGGUGGUAAUGCUGCUUUCCAUGCUUGAAGGAAAUGUGGUGAAUGGGACCAUUGGCAAACAGAUGGUGGACAUGCUGGUGGAAUCAUCCAGCAAUGUCGAAAUGAUCCUCAAGUUCUUUGACAUGUUCCUCAAACUCAAAGACCUCACAUCCUCAGAAGCCUUUAGGGAAUAUGACCCCGAUGGUAAAGGACUCAUUUCCAGAAAGGACUUCCAGCGAGCCAUGGAAAGCUUCAAGCGCUAUUCCCACUCAGAGAUGGAAUUUCUGCUGUCCUGCGCAGAGACGGCGGAAAGCGAGCUUUUGGAUUGCCAGGAUUUUGUGGAGCGUUUUCACGAGCCGGCCAAAGAGAUUGGCUUUAAUGUGGCCGUUCUUCUGACCAAUCUGUCUGAGCAUAUGCCCAAUGAUUCUCGAUUGCAAAAUUUUCUGGAGUUGGCGGACAGCGUGCUUAAGUAUUUCCAAUCUCAUCUGGGAAGGAUUGAAAUCCUGGGCAGCGGGAAACGGAUCGAGAGGGUCUACUUUGAGAUUAGUGAAUCCAGCCGCACACAAUGGGAGAAACCACAGGUGAAGGAGAGCAAGCGACAGUUCAUCUUUGAUGUCGUAAAUAAGGGAGGAGGAAAGGAAAAGAUGGAACUGUUUGUCAACUUUUGCGAAGACACCAUCUUUGAAAUGCAGCUGGCUGCGAAGAUCUCAGGUUCAGAGAUUGGAGAUGACGUAAAAGAAAAAGAUGAAGAGAAAGAAAAGGCGGUAAACCUUUCAGAAGACAGCAGGAUGACCCAAGAUCCAAAAUGUUUCUCUGUAAGAAACAUCCGGAAGCACAUGAGUGCGUUAACCAUCAAGGAUAUCAUCUCCGCAAUCUUCUCUUUCUUCCAAAAUGUUCUUCUACUUUUCACAAGUGGCAUAUUGGGUGUGGUUCGAUUUUACCUUUAUCUGCUCUACCACAUCUUCUUCAGUGGAUGGAUUAUUGAUGUGGUUAAAGAAAUGAAACUGGCUGACCUUCUGGGUGGUCUUCGAGAUCCCACCAUGGUUGAGGUCACAGAAGGCAGCGUCAGUGAAAGUAACAGCUAUGUGCGUGAGUUUUCUUCUUGGGGGAAUCACAGAGGCAUGAGUCUGGAUCUGUCUGCGGUGUCCAAGGACCCUCAGCUCCUCAUGGACAUUUUUGGUUUGUCACUGAAGAAGGAGGGAGGAAAGUACACAUUGUUGAGCGGUGACCAACAAGCUGGUCUGGAUGAUCUUCUUAACAUGUCCAAAAAUCAGGUGGAAAUCUCAGAGGAGGAUUUUCAAGAGGUGCAAAAUGAAAAGGCUUCAAAGGCUCAGAGAACUAUCGUUGAAGAAGGUGAGAAGAAAGAAAAGAAGGCUAAAGGAGAAAGAAAGAGAAAGCUUGGAUCUUCCAAACCUGAGGAAACUGAAGUUCAGAAAUCAGUCAUUUGGAAAGUAUUCUGCUCUCAGAAGACCAAACUGCUGAACUGCUUUGCAAGAAAUUUCUACAACAUGCGAUUGUUGGCUCUGUUCUUCGCUUUUGCUAUCAAUUUUAUACUGCUGUUCUACAAGGUUUCGUCGACCGUUAAUGGUAAUGAUGAAGAUGUGGAGAUGACUCUCUGUGAUUACUGCACCAAGGAUUCACAUGAAGUUCAUUUUGAGCUGGAGGAGAACAGCGGCUACAUGAUAGUGAUUCUUCACAGUCUUGCUGUCCUACACACGCUCAUUUCGCUCUGCUGUAUCAUUGGCUAUUACCGUCUGAAGGUUCCUUUAGUUAUUUUUAAGCGGGAGAAGGAACUGGCUCGUAAGCUGGAGUUUGAUGGACUCUACAUCACAGAGCAACCUUCAGAAGAUGACAUUAAAGGCCAGUGGGACAGGAUGGCCAUCAACACGCCAUCGUACCCAAGUAAUUAUUGGGAUAAAUUUGUGAAGAGGAAGGUGAUGGCAAAAUAUGGAGAGAUGUACGGUUCGGCACGGGUUCGAGAACUGCUGGGUUUGGAUAAAGCUGCUUUAGACUUUAGCUCUGAUGCUCAGGAGAAGAAGAAACCCAUACCGAAGGGUCCAGUAACUACCCUUUUCAGAUUGAACACCAUUGAUAUGAAGUACCAAAUAUGGAAGCUGGGAGUUGUUUUCACUGACAAUUCCUUUCUUUACUUGGCCUGGUAUAUGGUUGUGUCUGUUCUGGGCCAUUAUAACAAGUUUUUCUUUGCUGCUCACCUGUUGGACAUCGCCAUGGGCUUCAAAACACUGCGCACCAUACUGUCAUCCGUUACGCAUAAUGGCAAGCAGUUGGCUUUGACAGUAGGACUCCUGGCCGUCGUUGUGUAUCUAUAUACAGUGGUCGCCUUUAACUUCUUCCGCAAGUUUUAUGACAAGAAUGAAGACGGAGAAUCAAUGGACAUGAAAUGUAAUGAUAUGCUAACAUGUUACAUGUUCCACAUGUAUGUUGGCGUGAGGGCAGGAGGAGGGAUCGGAGAUGAAAUCGAAGAUCCAGCCGGCGAUGAGUUUGAAUACUAUCGCAUCCUCUUCGACAUCACAUUCUUCUUUUUCGUUAUCGUCAUUCUUCUUGCCAUCAUUCAGGGUCUGAUCAUUGAUGCGUUCGGAGAGUUGAGAGACCAACAAGAACAGGUUAAAGAGGACAUGGAGACUAAGUGUUUUAUUUGUGGCAUUGGUAGCGAGUAUUUUGACACGGUGCCUCAUGGGUUCGAGUCGCACACGCUGCAGGAGCACAACCUGGCCAACUAUCUGUUCUUUCUGAUGUACCUCAUCAAUAAGGAUGUCACAGAACAUACAGGACAGGAGUCGUAUGUGUGGAAGAUGUUCCAGGAACGCUGCUGGGAAUUCUUUCCUGUUGGAGAUUGUUUUCGGAAGCAGUAUGAAGAUCAACUCGGUUGA